AUGAGUCGAUAUACCGAAGGUAGCAAUCCCAUGCCCAAACAAUGGGAUGAUUUCUUAUGGACAUUCGGGUCAAGGGGCUAUGACAGUCUCGUGAAAGCAGAAAGACGUAUACUUUCCAAUCCAUACUCAAGAGAAUUUGAGUCGCCGCAAAGUCUGAUCAACUCCGAUGCCUUCCCAAGCUACCAUGUACAUGAUCAGAUUGCACCUGCAUCGACAUUUAAGGGUCUGGCAUAUCUUGUGAACUAUGCUCGGUCGGAGCGAAAGCUUAGAGAACAUGAUAUGUCAAAUGAUACUGCUUCUAAGGACAGGGAGAAGAAAUCGGUAAUUCAACCUCCCACAAAAAUAGGUGAGGCGAAAUGCUUACCUACAGUGCUGUACUUCGGGAAAUUGGGCAAAGGGGUUCUUCGCGCUUUGACAGCUCAGGCGAGUAUCCACCCGUACGCAGACAACCUAAAAGAUCAAUUGAGCGUCAGUAAUUACAUGAACCAAUCCAGUUAUCCCCUCUCUCAGUACACCCAGUACCUUGAAAAUUAUACUCUUAGGGAGAUAUCACAGUACAUCUCAAGCUUUGCUGAAAAUCAGAGAAAGAUACAAGAACCGUAUCGUGAUAUUCUCAUAUCCAUGAAAGAUGAGAUAAGCAUGGAAGAACACCGAGAGCUAUUUCUUCAACGAUUCUACAAAUCGACUGAAGGGCCCAGGACGUUGACUAGAAUGCAAGAGUCUGUCGAGAAGCAUCCUAAGGAUGAUAUGUUCAGAUCAUACAACUCGCAAGGGCUUCGAGAUCGUUUCGGUACCUAUCUGACUGAAGAUAAAGAAGCUGCAGAACAUGGUAUGAAGUAUAUCUUCCAAUUGGCCUCCAAAAAGAGAGAAGAUCAGUUGAUUUCGGCUAUAGAAAAGCUCGCCAGACCCGAUGAGGAUGUAGGAAUUCAGAUGGAAUCCAAAAAGGAUGAAGCAAGGCGUAUGGAAGACUUCGUCAGUAACUUUGGUACCAAGCAGGGUAUGGGCAAGUUCGGUGCUAAUUUCCUCACAAGGCUGAAAACUUAUAUCGAAAGUCCAGAGUUCAAUCCCGAUGACUUCACAGACAAAGAUUCAGUGGCUAAACUGUUAAAAAAGGAUAAGUGGUCAUAUAUGCAAAGAAUUGCGUUGCAUAAACCAAAUCUUCAUCCCUCAGUCAUUGAUUGGGCUCAUUGGCUUGGUCGGACUCGGAUGGAAAGCGUAGAUCAAGAUCAGUCAGCUGUCCUUUCUGGUGGAGAAGCGGUUCCUUCUUCGUCUGCUGCUACCUCCCAAGCAGGUCACAAGCGGACUAGACAGUCGGCUACUCCUCCCGAAGACAAACGAAGCACCCAAAAGCAAAACUUUGGUCUAUCCGAUUUUACACCUGCCACGAGCUCUACUUCAAUAGCUGGACUCCAGUCUCUCGGCGAUGUAGACGAUGAGGCAUUGGAGAGACAUCGACUGAUGCUUUUCGGGAUAUUUGCUGAGGAUAUGGAUUAUCUGGACGAGUACGAAGAGGAAACGCCUCGAGCCGGUGUAAUAGACAGCGACCUUGCAAGAUUCUGGAGAGGGGACGACGAAGACUGUUUUCACGUUGAUGUAGACGAGGAUCUUGAGAAGAUUACGGCAAGGUCGCUAUUUCCCCUUCAUCACUGA